UUUAUCGUCAGGAUUAGCUCGGCUAAAAAAUCCAUUUUAAAUUUGAUAUUUGAUCGAUACAAAGUUGCAAUUCAGGAUCGGUUUUCUAAUAUUUUCUCGCAUCGUAGCCGUCUUUUUUGAGCUUUUCGACUUGGUCGAAGGUCAUACCGAAAAUGAAAUUAUUCUCACGACCCAUUUCUUCGACCACUCCAAUGUUAACACCGUCCAACGUACCGCUAGUUGAAGCACCGAUAGUUGAAGCACCGUGGUUCGACUCUAAAAAAACAUCCAUGAGUUUCUCAUCGCCCAACGGAAAGGUACCAUUCCUCAUCGGUGUAGCUGGUGGUACUGCCAGUGGCAAAUCUACGGUAUGUAAACGAAUCAUGGAAAGAUUAGGCCAAGCAGUAAUGGAUCAUAAAGAAAGACAAGUAGUGUGUAUCAGUCAAGACAGCUUUUAUAGGGAAUUGAAUCCAGCUGAACGAAGUAGAGCUCUGAAAGGACAGUUUAAUUUCGAUCAUCCGGAUGCUUUCAAUGAAGAUCUAAUGUAUGAAACGUUGAAAAAAAUAUUAGAUGGCGAAAUAUGUACGAUUCCCGUUUACGAUUAUAAAACUAACUCUUUCAGUAAAGAUCAACAAAUCGUGAUUUACCCAGCUGAUGUGGUCUUAUUUGAAGGAAUCUUGGUCUUCUAUUUCCCAUCUGUUAGGGAAUUGUUCCAUAUGAAAUUAUUUGUCGAUAUGGAUUCAGAUAUGAGAUUGGCUGAUAGAGUUACUAAAGAUAUCAUGGAAAGAGGUCGAGAUUUGGAUCAGGUUUUAAAUCAGUAUAUGACGUUUGUCAAACCAGCUUUCGAAGAAUUUUGUCUACCUACCAAAAAAUUCGCCGAUAUCAUUAUUCCCAGAGGAGCGGAUAACGCUGUUGCCAUAGACUUAAUUGUUCAACACAUUCGAGAUUUUUUGAACAAUAUUCGUCAUAACGAUUUGGAAAAUAAGAUCAAUACCAGUCAUCUAGCGCGAUUACAUUGACGCAGAACAGAAGCAAAACAAGCUGCCAUUGAUGCUUUCAUUUUUAACCAGUUAUUUUUAAACUAAUUCAUUCAACGUUUUACUAGUCUAAAAAUUAAUUCAUCUAGCGGAGUACAUUCACGAUUAUCAUUAUUGUUCAUUUAUCUGCAUUUCAAAACUUUCUAUGUGUUGUUUGAUUUUUAAAUAAAAUAUAAAACGGCAGAUUA